AUGGCUACCUCAGCUGCUCUCCCCGCCUCUCUAGUUAGAGACACUAUUGACCUCACAGACGACUCGGGUGACGUCGCGGUAUGCGACAUCCAAAUGGUCCAUCCAGUCAUCAAGAAAGAACUGGAUGGUGAAAAGAAAGACACUGUUGCCAUCGAAACCACAUCUAUUCAACAGGACAACGAGUUGAACCAAAGGAUGAACAAUACCAACCCAGAUGAGCUCAACCUUGAGACAAAACCAAUCAAGUCAGAUUUGACCAGCAACAAAUAUGAUAUCCCGCACGAUCCCACGGAAUGUCCGGACGAAAUGAGCCUCGAGGGACUACCAGGACCUUACCCGUCUCCCGAUGAAAGUUCGGAAAUGGCUGGUUUCGAGGCUCUUCUGCAGUACAACCAGAAUAAGAUCAGCUUCGAUGAUGGUGAUAUCGUCAAUGAUGGGUCUGCCGAAGGCGCUGCUGAGCCAUUGGGCAUGGUGAUUGACGAAAACGCCGACGAGAUGGACUGGAAUAUCGCUCUGGAGGAAGAUUCCUCACCGGCGAAUGAAUCCGCCGCCACAGUCUUUGCCAUUCGCAAGAAAGAGUAUGAGAGAAAGACAGCAGAAGGCACAAACACUACAGAGGACGACAUUCGAUUCGCUACAGAAGAAGUUGCGGAACAUAGGCGCCUCCGGGACAUCGCAAGGAGCAAGCUGGUUGUGAGAGAUCUCCCUGGGCAGAAUGGUGUACCUCCUGGUUAUGAGGAGGCAGACUCGCUCUUUGUUCCGGAGGUCCCCAACCUGCCAGACUCUCGGCCAAAGAAGAGAGCAGGACCGACACCUCGCAAUCGACUCUCCAAGAAGGACUUGCAAGACGCCAUCUCUGCUGGCAUCGACGCCGGAUUUGGGGAGAGCCGCAAACCAAAGAGAAAAGCAACAGCCUCCAGUGAUGAUCGCCCACCAAAGAAGAGAUGUCAAAUCAAUCAGGACGGCGGCGCCCGAAAGGCACCACAAAAGAGAGGUCGGCAUCAGGGCCCCAAUCUCAGCAAUAUUCAAAGUCUUGGACGAACCAAUAUCGUGGAGGCCGCCCAAGCUAACGCUUUAAGACCUAACGUGCCUACUUUCACCUCCGGCAAUAAGGCUAAGGCACUUAAAGAGCUAAUUGCAAGCAUUCCGUCAGCCGAGCGAGCCACAGCCAGUUCCGACAGAGCAGCUGUCUUAGCAGCGACAAAGAAAUUCAACGGGAAGGGCGCUGUUAGAUCAGACAACCGUGGAGGAUGGAGGCUUCGAGGUAUGGAGUCGUCACUCUACAAUCACCAGCUUCUCGGCGCCGCCUUUAUGCGGGAACGUGAAACCGGAGAGUCGAAACCCAAGGGUGGGCUUGUGUGUGACGAAAUGGGGUUUGGCAAAACCAUACAGAUGAUUGCGAAUAUCCUCGACGGCAAAGCGGAGGAGGGAAGUGCCGUCAAGACCACCCUGAUCGUUGCACCACCUUCACUGCUCGGCCAAUGGAUGCAAGAGAUGGACAAGCACGUCAAGAGGAACGCCCUUGGUCGAAUUCUCCUUUACUACUCCGGCUCUCGCCUCUACAGCAACAACAUCCUCGCGGACUUGGGGGCGUACGACGUGAUCCUUACGACCUAUAGUGAGGUCCAGAAGAGCUAUCCACUAGCAGAACCGCCUAAGCAUCUGGCGUCUGAGGAGAGAAAGAAUGAGUGGUGGGAGAACCACUACCGUAACCACGUCGGACCCCUCCACCAAAUCAAGUUCCAUCGCGUCGUGCUGGAUGAAGCCCACCAUAUCAAGAACCAUACCUCCAAAACUUCAAUUGCCGUGCGUGCUCUCACAGGCAACUUCAGGUGGUGCAUUACGGGGACCCCCAUCUUGAACUACAUCGAAGAAUUAUUUCCAUAUUUCUCUUUCCUCAAGGUUCCUCACACAGGCGACUAUAGCACGUUUUGCCAUAAUUAUUGCAGCAAUCGCACCAACAGAGAUCCGGUGAACAUGGGCAGAAUACACAACAUUUUGAGGGCCAUCAUGCUGAGGAGGACUCAUGUGGAUACUCUUUUCAAUGCUCCCAUUGUCAAACUCCCCGGUAUCACACACACCACGGUCCAUAUCCAGUUCAAUGCCGUCGAGAGGCAUAUAUACAACAUGGUCAAGUCGCGGUACAUUCAGCAAAUCAAUACGUACUCGAAGUCUGGCACAUUGAAUUCGAACUACAGCAAUAUUCUAGGGAUGUUGAUGCGUCUCAGAAUGCUCUGUUCACACAUUAUGCUCUGCCAAGACGUGUUGAAGCGAAUGUUCGUCGCAGCGGACAUCGAGACUUUGUGGAGGCUAACCGCGAAAGAAGUCCAGGCCGCUGGAGACUGCGGCCAGAUGAAUAUGAUGAAGACUCUACGGAAGAUGCUGGCAGCCAACGAAAAUACACUCAAGACCUCCCAGACCAAGGAGCUCGAACUAAGCAGUGGGGUCACGCCAGACUUUCAGGAUGACCAAAACAUGGAAACAGGCUCCACAUAUGGGCUCUCCUUCAAGUUCAGAAAAUUCCUCCGCGCUUUAAGCGAGUCUGGAACUUGGACUGAAGUGCAUCUUCGAUCAGUCUGCGCUCAAUGCCGUCUUCCCCCCGACGAUCCGGUGUGCACUUCAUGCUUCCACGUGUAUUGCCAAGAGUGCAUCAAUGCCAUGCACGAGGAACGAAAAGCCAGAGGAGAGGAGAAGACCGCUUGCCUUGAAUGCCAAACUUUGUUCGAGGAAACGUCUCCGUGUGCUGGUCUUAAAGAGUUGGGCUUCAACAGCAAGGAAAGCGCGGAGAGGGUGGACAAGAGAAAAAUGAAGUUGGCGAAGAUGGCGCAGAAAUCUAGAUGGAGAAGUGGCAGUAUCCACCGCAACAACUUUGUGUCUGAUGAAGAUGACGAGGAAGACGACGACGAGGAUGAGAAAGACUGGAUGGACAUAGGGGGCUCAUUGCUACCCUCUGCCAAACUCGCGCAUACAAAAGCUGCCAUUCUCAACUGGAAGACAGAUUGCCCGGGACAAAAGGUCAUCGUUUACACCCAAUUUCUGGGUCUCGGCCAGAUCUUCAGCAAAGUGUGCUCCACAGAGCGAUGGGGCCAUGUGCUCUUCAACGGCAAAAUGACCAUCGAGGCACGAGGACGAGCGAUCGAGAAGUUCCGCGAUGACCCGGAAAUCUUCAUCAUGAUUUGCUCCCUCAAAGCCGGCGGCGUCGGCUUGAAUCUCACCAUGGCGAGCAAAAUCAUCAUACUAGAUCUGUGGUUCAACUCUUCCAUCGAAGCCCAAGCCUACUGCCGGGCAUUCCGCAUUGGGCAAGAAAACCAAGUCGAUGUUGUGCGCUUUGUCGUCCAGGACUCCAUCGAUGAGGAUCUGAUCAAAAUGCAAGAUCGCAAGAACAUUGAGGUGACGGGCGCGAUUGGGCCAGAAAGCAUGGGGAAAAGAGCCACCAUCCAGCAGUUGCUCGAGUUGUUUGGCGAGGUGAGAGAGGAUGGUCAGAAUGAAUUCAUCUUGGUGGAGGACGAGAAUGAAGGCAAGGAGGACGACGAUGAAGUCGACCUUACCAACAGACUACCCCCUCCGCCAUUCUGA